AUGGCUAGCCCAAUAGACGACAUAUUUGCACAGAAACCAAAGGACAUAAAACCCAAUAGAAAGACAAAGACAAAAAAAGAAAAACCAUACGAAGUAAGAGGCAGCAGUGCCUUAGAACAAGAUAUAUUCUCAUGUGAUGGAUAUAAGAUAUAUACACAAGAAGAACUUAAAAUUGGUAGGGGUGGGAAUACACCAAAUUGUCCAAUUGACUGUGACUGCUGCUUUUAG